AUCCCACCGGAAUCUACCUAUGAUCUGAACCCUGAGGCCGCUUAUUUCUACUACUGCGACAAUGAGACCAUUUCCGGCGUGGAGUUCUCGCACCCACCGACACCUCCAGAGGGCGUACCGUUGGUCUGCGAUAUGUCCAGCAACAUUCUCAGCAAACCUGUGGAUAUUUCAAAGUACGGUGUCAUAUUCGCAGGGACGCAAAAGAAUUUUGGCUGUGCCGGCUGUACCCUGGUGAUUGUGCGUGCGGACCUUUUGGACAGGGCCCUACCCUUCACACCGGGUUUCCUCAGCUACGCUCAACAGGUCAAGGCAGGCUCGAUGUACAACACACCGCCCACGUUCUCGAUAUACGUAGCCAAUCUAAUUUGCCAGUGGAUCCAGGAUAACGGCGGCCUGAAACAAAUGGAUGCAUUGAGUCGUCAGAAGUCGGCCGUGCUUUACUCCGCAAUUGACCAAUCCGAUGGCUUUUACAACAGAUUGCACCCCAAGAAUGCUGUGCGCAGUCGAGUCAAUAUAGUCUUUCGACUGCCGUCCAAGGACCUGGAGAAUAAAUGGGUAGAGGGUGCUGAAGCCCUGGGUCUUCAGAAUGUGCGGGGUCACAGGACCGUUGGUGGCCUGAGAGUUUCGCUCUAUAACGCCCACACCCUGGAAGAUGCUCAGAUAAUGGCCCAAUACAUGCUGGCAUUCCGUCUACGCUACACGCAGGAAGAACUUCAAAGCAAUUUGUGCAACGGAAAUGGAAAAAUUUAA